AUGACCCGAACCGCAGUCUACAGCACGGCGUUGGUCGCUUUGGUUGCGGCAACGGUCAUGACCAUAACCUCCAUCGUCUCCCCCAACUGGGUCUCGCUCAGCGUGCCGUCCCCCUCGGGCGGGACCGUCACCGACACCAUCGGCCUGCACCGGCGGUGCGCGUCGUCGACCGGGUCGUGCGCGCCCUUCCCCGAGCCCUCGCGCUGCGACGGCAGCGACGGCGGCACCGGCCGCUCCUUCUGCUCCAUGUGGCGCACCACGGGCUUCUUGAUGAGCUUCGCGGUGGUUGCGGAGCUGGCGACCCUGGUUGGGUUUUUGGUGAUUCUGGCGGGUGGCCGGGUGAAGAGGGAGGGUGGGUGGAAGGUCUCUGGGGGGGGUUGUUGGCUGCGGUGGCGGCGGCGCAGUUUUUGGGCAUAUCUGUUUGACCAUGAUGACUUGUUCCUGGUGCCCGGAUACCGGCUGGAUUCAUCGUGGUACCUGUGCACGGCUAGCGCGAGUGCUGCGCUGCUGGCCGGUGUUGGGUUGGCCAUCUCGGCGCUUGUGCUGCCGCCGGAGGAUGGGUACUCGCAGUUGUUGAAUGACUCCAACGGCGUGUAG